AUGGAUCCGUCCUCAGGAUAUACCGUCACCGACAUCGACAACCAUGAAACAACGAACUUCAUAACCCUGUGGCAGGACAAUCUUGAGUCUCAAUUACAACCUUUUGACUUCAACCUGCCUGAAGAAACCCUCUUUUGGCACCAAACACCAUCGACCAGCGGACUCGCAGGCAGUAUGAUGGCUGGCCCAGCACACCGAACACAACCGCCAGUCAUCGACCUAACGGAGUCCACCCCAGAGCCCUAUCAGAGCCCCAGUAGCCUUUACCAGGGUAGACCAUACACGGACUCGGCUUCCUAUAGCCCCUCAGAGACCUCUCACCUGUUCUAUCAAGGAGAGACUCCGUCAACAAUGGCAGAAGGCAGUCCUGGGCCACAACAAAGCACCGCCUGCCUUGCCGAUACCAAUCGCCAUUUGCUGAGCAGAACCCCAUGCCCCCGUCGUCUCUACAAAUGUGAGUGGCGAGACUGCCACACCCCUGGACAGUUUCACCGCGAACUAGACCUUGUCCGACACAUUCGAACGGUGCACAUUUCUCCAGACAAGUAUCGGUGCGAUAGCUGUGGUAAGGCAUUCGGCCGGAAAGACCACCUGAACGGGCACCGAAAAAAGCGCCAUGAGUCCGUGCGCCAUUCUGCGAAAGCAGAGAGCAUGUACUCAUCUGGUUCCUGA